AUGGUUACAACGAAGCAUGGGCGGGGUACAGCCCAAAGUACCCCGUGGGCCUCCUCAUCCGCCUACGGCAAAAAGAAGGAUGGGAAACCUGGUGGAACCACUAUUCAUGAAAAUGAAACUUAUGACGGCCAUAAACGACAUGAAAGAAACCAGUUUACGGGUGAUCGAGUUAGGGUCGCGACAUGGAAUGUUGGGAGUAUGACGGGAAGAGCGGGAGAAGUCGUCGAUGUAUUGCACAAAAGACAUAUAGAUGUGUGCUGCAUACAGGAGACUAGAUGGAAAGGAAAUGGGACCAGAAUGAUUGGCAAGAUUAGCGAAAAGUAUAAAUUCUUUUGGCAAGGAGGUAAUGAUGGUAAGGCUGGAGUUGGGGUAUUGGUUGCGGAGAAAUUGGUAGACAAAGUAGUCAAAGUGAGAAAGCUAGACAACCAGAUAAUGGUUAUCAAGAUGAUUUUUGGUAGAAAGCUAUAUAAUAUUAUCUCGGCAUAUGUUCAUCAGGUUGGAAGAAGUGAAGAAGAGAAAGAUAUAUUUUGGGACAGUCUAUUGGGGGUGACAUCGAGACUGGCAAAUGAAGAGGGGAUUAUCCUGGCUGGUGAUCUGAAUGGACAUGUGGGAGCGAGUAGUGAGGGUUACAAAGGAGUACAUGGAGGGUUCAGUUACGUCAUGAGAUAUUUGGAAGGAGAGAGAAUUUUAGAAUUUAGUGAUGCUAUGGAUAUGAUUGUCUGUAAUACAAUGUUUAAGAAAGAAUCAGAGAAGCUGGUGACUUAUAAGUCGGGUAGUACCAAAAGUGCUGUGGAUUACUUGUUAUUAAGGAGAUGUGAUCGAUGUAUAGUAAAAAAUGUGAAAGUGAUACCGGGAGAGAAAUGUAUAAAUCAGCAUCGACUAGUUGUAGGAGAUCUCACUCUUAAAAGUGCCAAGGUCACUAAAAGAAAAGGUCACUAA